AUGUUUAAUACCGUUCGUGGUUUUGUCAAUUCAAGUCUUCUGAAUGUUGCGUUUCUGUACGCGGUAUUCACAACCCUUCGCCGUGCCCAGAGGAGGCCGGUUGAGCCUGAAAAAGUAGUUCAAGGGCUCGCGCCUCUCACCUCCAUAACGCUCGGCAUCCCCGAAUUAAAGCUGUGGGUGAUGCUUACCUCACUCGCGGCGCUAUCCUUCGUGCGUGUGGAUGUGAUUCCGCUUCUCACUGAGAUACGCGUUAUUGUCGCUUAUAUCCUCGUCUUUUCGCCAUCGUUUACGCAGCAGGAGGUGUACGAUAUGUUUUUUUCGCCCUUUCUCUCGCAGUUAACCGCCUUGGUGCGGUCUUUUCAUCGAGGAACCGCAUUGAAGUGGUUGGCGUUGUUCGUCGUGCGCUACAUGGUCGCUCUCGCGGUGGUGAUUAUGAACUACAUCGAAUGCUGCGGAUCGAUGGAUCCAGAGACCGUCAAGGAGAUUAUCGACGGCCUUAUGCUGACGAAACGGACCCUAGAUGAGGCGGCGUCUUGCCAGGCAAACGCCAAGGCUUCGCCGCUUUUUUUAUUUAAAUUCCUCUCCCCCCCCACCACCGCCGCGGGGUGCUCUCUCACGAGUGUGGAUUUUUUAUCAAGCGGGAGCGAUCGCUUCGCGCCGGAGAGGGCCCCUGACGUAGGAUCCUCUAGCGCGUGCAGCACCGACUUUUCGAAAGGUAUCGCGGGGCUCAACCAAAAGCUCGAAUACUAUGUAGAGGGUCACGCGGUACAUUCCAAAAAGAGUCUGAUGCGUGAAUACUUUAAGAAGUAG